GGGCGCGGGGCGGCGGGGUUCGGCGGCUGGUAUCCCUCCGCCCGGGGUGUGUGGUGCGGUCCGGGCUGUGUGUGUCUGUGUGUUCUGUGUGUGUGUGCGCGCGCGCGCGCGCGGCUGGCCCCGCUCCCCCGGACCUUUUUCUCCCUCCGCAGCAGCACCGGGACCCGCCGCCAACCGCUCCCCACCCGCCUCCACCCCCGCCGCCACCGCGGGGCCGGCCCCGGCGUUCUUCCCUUCCCGGCCCGCCCCGCUUCCCCCCACCCCCCCACCCCCCCACCCCCCCCACCUCCCCUUCCCCUCCUCCCUCCCUCCCCCUUCCCUCCCUUCCCUUCUCCCGCCGGCGCCGCAGCCGCCACGCCGCCGCCAUGGAGCUCAUCACCAUCCUGGAGAAGACGGUCUCGCCGGACCGCUCCGAGCUUGAGGCGGCGCAGAAGUUCCUGGAGCAGGCGGCCAUCGAGAACCUGCCGACCUUCCUGGUGGAACUGUCCAGAGUGCUGGCAAACCCUGGCAACAGCCAAGUUGCCCGCGUGGCGGCCGGCUUGCAGAUCAAGAACUCCCUGACUUCCAAGGACCCCGACAUCAAGGCCCAGUACCAGCAGAGAUGGCUCGCGAUCGACGCCAACGCCCGCAGGGAAGUCAAGAACUACGUUUUGCAGACGCUGGGUACAGAAACGUACAGGCCCAGCUCAGCCUCUCAGUGCGUGGCUGGCAUCGCAUGUGCCGAGAUCCCCAUGAACCAGUGGCCCGAACUCAUUCCCCAGUUGGUAGCGAACGUUACGAAUCAGCACAGCACGGAGCACAUGAAAGAGUCGACGCUGGAGGCCAUUGGAUACAUCUGUCAGGAUAUCGAUCCAGAGCAGCUUCAGGACAAAUCCAAUGAGAUCCUGACAGCCAUCAUCCAGGGAAUGAGAAAGGAAGAGCCCAGCAACAAUGUGAAGCUAGCAGCUACUAAUGCACUCCUGAACUCUUUGGAAUUCACCAAAGCAAACUUUGACAAAGAGUCCGAAAGGCACUUUAUUAUGCAAGUAGUCUGUGAAGCAACGCAGUGUCCAGAUACAAGGGUACGAGUGGCUGCCUUACAGAAUUUGGUGAAGAUAAUGUCCCUUUAUUAUCAGUAUAUGGAGACAUACAUGGGUCCUGCGCUUUUUGCUAUAACUAUUGAAGCAAUGAAAAGUGACAUAGACGAGGUGGCUCUACAGGGGAUAGAGUUCUGGUCAAACGUCUGUGACGAGGAGAUGGACCUGGCUAUAGAGGCGUCUGAGGCAGCAGAGCAAGGAAGGCCUCCAGAGCACACUAGCAAAUUUUACGCGAAGGGAGCGCUACAGUAUUUGGUCCCAAUUCUGACACAAACGUUAACAAAACAGGAUGAAAACGAUGAUGACGACGACUGGAACCCCUGCAAAGCAGCAGGAGUCUGCCUCAUGCUCCUGGCGACCUGCUGUGAAGAUGACAUUGUUCCUCAUGUGCUGCCCUUUAUUAAAGAACACAUUAAAAAUCCAGAUUGGCGAUACAGAGAUGCAGCGGUGAUGGCUUUUGGGUGCAUUUUGGAAGGACCAGAGCCUAACCAGCUCAAACCACUAGUCAUACAGGCAAUGCCAACUUUAAUAGAACUAAUGAAGGACCCCAGUGUUGUGGUUCGAGACACGACUGCUUGGACCGUGGGCAGGAUCUGUGAGAUGCUUCCUGAAGCUGCCAUCAAUGACAUUUACCUCGCUCCACUGCUGCAGUGUCUGAUGGAGGGCCUGAGCGCUGAGCCCAGAGUGGCCUCCAACGUGUGCUGGGCCUUCUCUAGUCUUGCUGAAGCUGCCUAUGAAGCUGCAGAUGUAGCUGAUGAUCAGGAAGAACCAGCAACCUACUGCUUAUCCUCUUCAUUUGAGCUAAUAGUUCAGAAACUUCUGGAAACUGCAGAUAGGCCUGAUGGACACCAGAAUAACUUGAGGAGUUCUGCAUAUGAAUCUCUGAUGGAAAUAGUGAAAAACAGUGCCAAGGACUGUUACCCUGCUGUCCAAAAGACAACCCUGGUUAUCAUGGAGCGACUUCAGCAAGUGCUGCAGAUGGAGUCUCAUAUCCAGAGCACUUCCGACAGAAUCCAGUUCAAUGAUCUUCAGUCUCUUCUUUGUGCUACUCUACAGAACGUCCUCCGGAAGGUCCAGCACCAGGAUGCUUUGCAGAUCUCCGACGUAGUGAUGGCAUCUCUGCUGAGAAUGUUCCAGAGCACGGCGGGCUCGGGAGGCGUGCAGGAGGAUGCCUUGAUGGCAGUCAGCACCCUGGUAGAAGUCUUAGGUGGAGAGUUUCUGAAGUACAUGGAUGCCUUCAAACCGUUCCUUGGCAUUGGACUGAAGAACUAUGCGGAGUACCAGGUUUGUCUGGCUGCAGUGGGCCUGGUUGGUGACUUGUGCAGAGCCCUGCAAUCCAACAUCUUGCCUUUUUGUGAUGAGGUUAUGCAGCUGCUCUUGGAGAACUUGGGGAAUGAAAAUGUUCAUAGGUCUGUGAAGCCUCAGAUUCUCUCAGUGUUUGGCGAUAUUGCCCUUGCCAUUGGAGGAGAAUUUAAGAAGUACCUCGAUGUCGUACUGAAUACCCUCCAGCAGGCUUCCCAAGCGCAGGUUGAUAAGUCUGACUACGACAUGGUGGAUUACCUGAAUGAGUUGAGGGAGGGCUGCCUGGAAGCUUACACCGGCAUCAUCCAAGGAUUGAAAGGAGACCAAGAAAACGUUCAUCCGGAUGUGAUGCUGGUGCAGCCCAGAGUAGAAUUUAUUCUGUCUUACAUUGACCACAUUGCUGGAGAUGAGGAUCACACCGACGGAGUAGUGGCGUGUGCUGCUGGACUGAUAGGGGAUUUGUGUACAGCAUUUGGAAAAGAUGUACUGAAAUUAGUAGAAGCUAGACCCAUGAUACAUGAACUGCUAACUGAAGGAAGAAGAUCCAAGACGAACAAAACAAAAACCCUCGCUACCUGGGCGACUAAAGAACUGAGAAAACUGAAGAAUCAAGCUUGAUCUGUUACCAUUGGGAUGACACCUGAGACCCCCAAAGCUGGAAAUCUCCAAUCUUUUGAAAAAAACCCGGAAGUGAGGAGUGUGCACGGAUGCUGAAUGUUUGGGAAUGAGAGGAUGAGUGAGUGAGGCUUGAAACACACCACAUUGAAAAUCCCGCCACAGCAACAGCAGCGGAGCUGUUAGCGAGCUGAGCACUGACUUGCGUGGAAAACCUGGCAUCGGCCGUCUUCGGGGAGAGGGAACGACCGAUUUCUGUCCGAGUAACGAGCAAGUCUCUUCUUCCGACAGAUCAGGACUAGCUUCUCUGUCGUGGCCGGCGCAGGAGGGGAACGGCCGGUUUGGAGGAGAGGAAACUGGGUUCAACUGUGGUGCUCUGGGGUCUGGCUCGGGCUGCUGGAGGGAGACGGAGCCUGGGUCUCCAGCCGCCUGCUGUAACCUUUGCCGCACGAUGCUGUCGGUGCAUGGGAUAAAAGGAGGGGGGUGAAGGAUUUUCAGUCUAGGAGUGAGUGUGUGUGAAUGAGGCGGUAUCCACAUUCUCAACUUCAAGUCAUUGCAGUUUAUCUUUUCCCAAAAAAAAAAAAAAAAAAAAAAGAAAAAAAAAAAAAAAAGGGUUAGCUGUUGCAUUUCAUAAACUAACCGAAGUUCAGUCUACUGAUGCAGCAUAAGAGAUGUAAAAAAAGAAAAGAGGGGAAAAAAAAAAAAGACAAAAAAAGAAAAAAAAAAAAAAAAAGGAAAAAAAAAAUGAAAAAGGAAAGUCGCUCUUUAGGGCUUUUUAUUUUAGGGAAACACUGACGAAUGUUCAGAGCUCCCGUUCCGAGUGACGCUUUUCAUGAUCUCGUUUCAUCAAAGCGCCUUUCCUUCCUUAAUAUUGUUCAACUGUGAAUGUAGAAAUGGGGGAAAAACAAAACUCUUGCGUUAGAGGGAAUAGAAAUAAAUUGUCAAACAAGAUUUCAGGCUUAAAACAAAAACAAAAAAAAAAUUACAAAAGUUAAGUGCUCCGAAUUGGCAGUGAGAACGCAAAGGGAAAGAUCUCUCCUGACUUGUACUGUAGCAGCCAGAACACCCACAAAAAUUGUGCCAAAGAGUUGAAAAACAAAAUAAAACUUCAGGUAAUAUUUUGGAUUGCAAAAUGAGGAUAAAUUCAAUGUUCAAACAAAAUCUGAUAAAAUGCCAUUUGGAAACUGCUUGGCCUUUUGUGCUCUUUAUUUGAUCAAAUUUAAUGUGGUAUUGGUCUCUUGCUGCACUUCAAAACAAAAAAAGGAAAAAAGAAAUUUAUAUAAAAUAUAUAUAUACUGACUUGAGCUUACACAAGGCGGCACUUGUAAAAGGUUAUAUUUUUCCACUGCAGUUGAAGAUUAAUAAAAUGGUGUCAAACAUUCCCCAAUACUUCCUUUUUGUAUUCUUGGUCUUUCCAGUAAAAGGGGAACCCAUUUAAUGAUUUUAUUUUUUUUUUUUUUUAAUAGAGUAGUAACAGUCUGAUGGGCAACUCAGAAAUGAAUUGGCUGUUUACUGCUUCCCCAGUCAUGCAACGUCUUAUUUUCACAUGAAGGAUCAGAAUCUCUCGUUUCCUCUUAAAUGAAACUUUUGCUUUUGAGGAAUAUAGUCCCUUGCUUAUCCUAGAUUGUCAGCAAUAAGCCAACAAAAACUGGAGGAGGUGCAGGGUUUUGAGGCUGUUUCAUUUCAUUUUUAUUAAUGCAGCUGUUGAUACUACCAGCAUUUGAAUCUGCAGUUUAACAUGGGCAUUUUUAAAAGCUGCUUGUGGGAGGGAGAGUAGAAAACCUUAGCCAGUAUUCUUUUUUCUUUCUCUUCUUUUUUUUUUUUUUUUUUUCUCCUAAAAAGCAGGCAAGGAUCUGCUUUAUUUCCCCAAUUUCCUUUUCCCAGUCUGAUCCUAGGAUCCAUUACGAUGGAGCCCGCUUUCGUUGCCCAUCUGCACUGCAGCAUCCACAAUAGCUCUUGUACAGGGUAUCAGAUAUGUGCCUUUCAGUGCUGGGUUCAGAUUGCAGUCGAAGUGCCGACUUUGAACCAGUGUACAAAAAAAAAAUAAAUAAAUAAAAUAAAAAAUCCCAGGUGUUGAGAGGAGAGGAGGAGCUCUGUGAACUGGGAGAGCCAGCCAGCUCCGGAGCACGGACUAGGGAGAGGCCUGGGUCACAUUUCUAGUAAUGCCUUUUCUUUUUAUUUUGUUUCUUGAGGUGGGGUGGGAUUUCCUAAAAAAAAAAAAUUAUAAAAAAAGAAAAAGCCAUUCCUGAAGUUGGGGAGGGGGCGUGGAGGGAAGAAAUCUGAUCAUUCCUCAGUGCUACCUGUUUCUGUCCUGUGUGGCUGUUCAGCUGUAGGCAGCAGGAGAAUAAAGUACACUGAGACAGUAGUGGAAACAAA